CGGCUGCGCGCAGGCCCCGCCGGGCCGGCCGCCAUGUGGGUGUUCGGCUACGGCUCCCUCAUCUGGAAGGUGGAUUUCCCCUACCAGGAGAAGCUGGUGGGGCGCGUCCGGGGCUACAGCCGCCGCUUCUGGCAGGGCAGCACCGACCACCGCGGCGUGCCGGGCAAGCCUGGAAGAGUUGUGACUCUGGUUGAAGAUGCUGAGGGCUGCGUGUGGGGCGUGGCCUACCGGCUGCCGGCGGGGCAGGAGGGCGAGGUGAUGGCGCACCUGGACUUCAGGGAGAAGGGGGGCUACAGGACCACGAGCGUCGUCUUCUACCCCAAGGACUCGUCGGUGCAGCCCUUCGACGUGCUGCUCUACAUCGGCACCCGCGACAACCCCAACUACCUGGGCCCCGCGCCGCUGGAGGACAUCGCGCGGCAGAUCCUGGGCGCCGCCGGGCCCAGCGGCCGCAACACCGAGUACCUCUUCGAGCUCGCCAACUCCAUCCGCAGCCUCGUCCCCGAGGACGUGGACGAGCACCUCUUCUCCCUGGAGACGCUGGUCAAGGAGCUCUUGAAAAAGCACCAACCUCUGAAUUGUCUAUAAAGUGACGUCCUGCUCUCGAACGACCUGGUUCUGUCUCCGGGGGAGUUUUGCGGCUCUCUGACUGGGAGGAGUGUUUCUCUGUGCUGUGCUACCUUAGUUAGUGCUGCAUAUCUCAAUUAAUGCUGCGUUCAGAAUAGGAGUCAGUCAUUAAAAUUACCAAAAUCGUUCAUUUCAGCAGGGAAAAUGUUUUAGGUGUGAAUUUGGUUGCUUAGCCUUUCAUCCAAAGACUACACCUGCAUGGAAAUCUCAUUAAGCUUCUCUGUGUUUAAAGAUAUUUUUUUUUUAAUUAUUAUUUCAGGUUUGCAUAAAAACUUUAGAUUAUUUUUAAAUAGUAUGUUCUAAAUAGCAUAUUCUAAAUAGCAUAUUUUUAAAAUCAGCAUUCAGAGACAAGUCCCAUAAAUCUAAGUGGUGGUUUCUUGGGAUUCAAGACCACAGUGCUACUACAGAGAGAAAUUUUGCAUAGUGGAACAUUUAUAUCAAUGUUCAGCUGCUCUGAAAUGAAGUUAUUCCACUGAAUUAGUCAUCUUACCCUUUAUAUAUUAAUUAAUCCUUAAAAGCAGAGGAUAAACCUUUUUAUUGUCAAGGAAAUAGUUCCUUUUAUUGUCAGGUCCUGACUUUGGACUCAAACAAGCCAUAACCUCUCAGUGCCUCAAUUUACUUUUUAAACCUAAUAUAAAGAAUAAAGCCCAAAUGGUAAAAGUAACCAAGAACAUGACUUGAAGUCACAACCCAGCAAGAACAGAAACUCUCAUGUCUGUUACUUUUAAAUGCUGUUGUGACCCCUUCUCUUAAAAAAUCCCCCCAAGCUCCAAGGACAGAUUUCAAGCCUGUUUUCAGGGACUCACGGACAAAAGGUAAUGAAGGAAGGAACCCUCUUUUCAGUGACAUCCCAAGAGGGUUGGGAAGCCCCCCAGUUUAGGCCAGUAGGCUUCCUGACUCAAUCCAUCAGCACACGGAAUUUCCGUCCCAACACGGAUUUGUCUUGCUCUCAGAAAUUUAUUUUUAUUAAUUUUUAACAAAGUAUAUUUUUAUAUCUUAAUGUAAAUGGUCCUGUUUCAAGCACCACGUAACACCCUGUUUUCUCAGCCAGGGAAGGUGUUUAGUAGCUGCCUGGAGGCCUGGAUUCUGCACCAGUAAUUGCAAAAAAAUGUCUCUUUCUCCUAAAAAGGUCAUGCCUUUCUCUUCUCUGCAUCCUCCUGGUUUAGAUUUGUGAAAGUAAAACUACGUGCAGUGGCAUGAACACUCUCUGCUCUUUUAAAAAUUCUUCUUAAAUGUAAAAAUUCUUUCCUCGAGGACUGAGCCUUGUUCCUUAAAACAGGGCAGGGAGUGCCUGUGCUCACUAAUGAUCCCAAACCCUCAAGGAUGGUUCUCUCUUUAAAACUCUCAUUAUUUAAGCACUGUGAUUCUGUGUAGCUCCCCAUUUUCUAUCUUUUAUUGUCUUCAAGGCCUCGUUGGUUCAUUUUCUUCCCAAAUCCAUAAAACACUGCAAUAAUACACAUUCCAGUGUGUGUGUGUACAACUUCAGUAAAAAUGUGCAAUAAAAAUGCAUCGCAUUGA